AUGCGAGAGAGGUAUGAAAGAACACCGCCAAUAGAACGCACAGAAGGCGCAGCUGGCCACCGGCGACUGGGGGUGCCAUCACUGGCAGAAGCAGCAGGGAUCAGUACCGCACCCGGGGAGGACCAAGCACGAGGAGCAGGGGGAUGGAGACGAGAGGGCAAAGGCAGGGACGGACGGGAGCGGAGAGUAGGGGAGGGUCAGGCAGGGGCAGCAAAAGAGAGGGCCCGGAAAGGGGGCGGGGCACGGACGGCAACGGGGGGAAGGGUGGGGGAAAAAGAGGUCGGGAAGAAAGACGGGUCAGAGCACAAAAAAGGGCGGAAAGGCCAAGACAAAAAGAGGGGGCAAACAAAAAGGAGGGGGGCAGGGGAAAAGCAGGCUAGCGACCAGGAGGCCCCCCCGCCAAGGGCGGACCCGGGACACGACGAGGUGCCCGGGGGGAGCGGGGAACCCGCCGAGCCGACCAAGGGGCCGCGAGCGAACAGCCCAAAGCCGCAAGCCACAGCCGGAAAGGCCGAGCACCGAGAGGCGCACACAGAACAAGGAAAGAGAGGAGGAGCGGGAGCACGAACAGAAAGGAGGGGCAGCAGGGGAGGGCGGAGCGGAGGCGAGGGAGGGGGAGAGGAAGCCGACGCCGGGCGGGAAAAGCGGCGCGACGAAUGCUGGGGCCAAAGGAGGAGAGGGGAGAAGAGCGGGAAAAGGAGGAGCGAGACCGCGCGAGAGCGGGAGGGGAGAAACCACCGCGAGGAACGGCGGCGAAAAGGGCAGGGGGGGAGGAGGGCAAAAAGAGGAAAAGAUCCAGCCCAAAGGGAAACCGAGGGCCGGGAAAAGGCAGAAAGAGGCCAAGGGGCGCGAAAUGGGAGAAAGAGAAAGAGGAAGAAGAAAAAAAGAGGGAAGAAAAGGGGGGAAGGGCGGAGGAAGGAGCGGCGGGCGCAGGAGAGACCGAGGGGCGGGGGGGAGCCGGGGACGGGGGAAAAGAGAGGGAAGGAAACAAGGGCGCAGAGAAAAGGAGUGGACGAAGACGGAAAAAGCAGAGGAGAAAAAGCGGCGCAAAAAAGCAGAAAAAGGAAAAAAAAAAAAAGGAGGAGGGGGAACAGGGGGGGAGGAACCAAAAAACAGCAAAGAAGGACAGAAAGGGGGCAGGGGAAAAAAGAAAAAAAACACAAAAAAAGAGCCAAGCAAAACGAGGCCGGGAGAAGAAAGAGGGCAGGGCCCGGACGGGAGGAGCGAGGAGGGAGGGAGACAGAGCGCACCGGGGCCGAGGGGGGAGAGCGAAGACGCGAACGAAGAGGGGAGAGGGAGGCGAGAGGGAGGGGGGGGGGGGGGCCGAAAGGACCGAAAGAGCAAAAAAAAAAAAAAAAAGAGGGAGGAAGGAGGGCAGAGGGAGGAGCAAGGCAGGCACGGACCGGGCGACCAAGGGGGCGCACGGGCGAGGAGGGUGGACAAGGGCCGGGGAGGAGCAGCAAACAAGGAGCAGGAGCACGAAGAAAAGACCAAGGAAAGGGACAAGGCGGGGGGGGGGGGGGCGGAGGAGCAGCAGGGCGGACAAAGGGACAGAACCAAGGAAGGAAAGGCACGCAGCACCGAAGAAGGGACGGAAUGGGGAAAGAGGGACAAAAAGAAGGACGAAAGGAAGUAGCAGAAAGGGAAGGGGGAGGGCAAACAGAGAAGAGAGGAGGAAGGAACGGGCAGGGGGGCCGCAGAGAAGGGAGGGGCAAAGGGGGGGCAGGAAAGCGAGACGGGGAACGGGGGGAAGACGGAAACGGGGGAAGGCAGAAAGAGGGGAGGGGGCCAAGGAGGAGGGAGAAGGACGGGGGAGACAGGAAAGAAGAGCGAAGGGGAAAAGAGGGGGGAAGGGGAAAAGGAGAAAACUCAAAGAAGAGAAAGGGGAUGGAGAGGGGAGGAGGACAACGGGAGGAGAAGGAGGGCACCGCGCAGAACAGGGGGCAGGAAAAGAACAAAGCAGAAAAGCGCGGAGAGGGGAGGCCAAAGGGGGAGGGCCGAGGCGAGGGGGAGCCGGGAAAGACGGAGAACCGCGGGCGGAGGGAAGACGGAAGGCCCGAGGGAAGGGGGCCAAAAAAAAAAAAAACGAAGGGAAAGGGAGGGAGCAGGAGCGGCCGGGCAGGAGAAGAAAAGAAAGGACACACGGCGAAACGGGCGCACGGGGGGGGAAAAGAAGGGAGGAGAAAAAGGGGAAAGGGGGAACGAAAAAGGGACGGGGAAAAAGAAGAAAAAAGCAAAGCAGAAAGGAACCAAGGGAGAACAAGGGGGAAGAACAAAAGUAGGCAGAAAGGGAAAAGGAGAGAAGGCGAGGAAACAAGCAAGGGAGGGGGGAGCCGGCCGGCGCGGACAAGGCGACGGGGCCGCGGGCCGGGGGGACCGAGGGGGGAGCGGGGAGAAGGCAAGGGAAGCAAAAGGGACGAGCGGCCAAGGACGGGGGCGGAGGGGAGGCGGGGCGCAGAGACCCAAGGGGGGGGGAAACGAGGGCAGACGGGUGGGCGCGGGCACGGGCGGGGGCAAACAGGAAGGAGAGAAAAACGGGCCAGGAGCCGGGAAAAAGACGGGGGGGCCAAAAAGGAAGGGGGGGGGGGCAGGCCGGCGAACGGAGGCGAGGCGGAAGAAAUAGGCGGGGCGACGAGGGGGAGAGGGGGAAAGGACAACGCGGGACGGGGGGCGGUGGGAGAGCGAAAGAGCAGGCGCGGGAGAAGGACAAGGCAAACAAGCGCAAGAGGGGAAGGGAGGAGGAAAAAGGCACGAGAGAAAAAGGGUGGAGGCAAACGGCGCGGGGGAACGCGAAGCAGCCAAAACGAAGCGGGCAGGUGGACCCGGGGGGGUAGGAAAGAGGGGCGGAGGGGCGAAGAGGGGCACCGCGAGGGCAGCGACGCGAGGCGCGGGGGGGAAGGGGCGCGCAGCGGAGCCACGGAGAGAACGAAAACGGCCAAAACGGGGAGAGAAGCAAAGGGCGGGCCGAGGAGCAAGGAGGGGCGAGGAGAAGCACAAGGAGAACCAGGACGGGAGGAGAAGCAACACCACGAAAAGGGGGAGGAAGAGCCAGGGGGGCGGGCGAACAGGAACAAGGGGGCAGGGGGGAGGGGGGGGCACAAAAAAGCGGCGCCGACGAGGCGCGGGGAGGCCGGGCGAGGGGAGAGGGGGGGAAAACAACAGAGGGCGGGCCGCGCGGGGGGGGACGGGCCCGAAGAGGGCGGGGCUGGCAGAGGGAGGGGGGAAGCAAGGACGCACAGAGAGGGAAGGCAGGGGUACGGGGGAGAGGGCGAAGACGCGGCGACCGGGGGGGCACAAGCGCGACCAGGAGACCAAACAGGCAGCAGCGAGAGGACAGGAGGGGGGAGCAAGGGGACCGCGAAGGGCCAGAAAGGAGGAGCGACGGGAGGGCCGCGGCGAGGAGGACGGGGAGAAUGA